AUGAAUUGGGUGGUUAGCGGGUACCGGAUUGAAGGUGAAGCCUCAUGCGUAUUUUAUAGAGAGGCUGGCGAACCUUGGAAGGCAGAGGCUCAAGAUUCUACUGGUGAGCUUCAGGGAUACAAGUCCCCCGUACAAGUCGGCGGACCAUGUGGCCACAAGGCUGAUUUAACUUCCUUUUCCUCUUCACUACCUGGGGGCCUCAGCUUUUCUGUCGAUUGCAUUCAAUGCGCACGGCUAAAGAAAAUACAUGUCAUCAUUUUCAAAAUUGGACUUGGACGACUUUGCGACGGAUACCCUGCUCUUUCCGCUCGGGCAGCUCGAGAUCCAGAUAAUGAGGCUUUCAUCUUUCGCUACCGACUCAUCGCGCUCGAAAAUGAAAUAGAUCAGCUAGAGACGCCCAUGAAGCAUGCGGAUGAUCCAACCGGCAUGAGACAAUGCGAGGAGAGAAUCCAGAUGAACUUCGCCGCCAACGUGGAUAAAACUCUCCUCCUGCAAGCCCAGACUGCAGAUUUUAAACUUUUUCCCGACUAUCUUGAAGGCCAUUCUUUCAAGGGCGACGGGAUGGAUUCGAUGCCAAUCACCAGGGGCCGUGCCAAAGAUUUCCUAGCCGAGGAAUCCGACCUCCGACCGUUAGACCGUAUCACAAUCUACAAGAACAUCACGUUGUGA